AUGGCGGGGCACUUCGUGGGGUGUGUACGGCAACGACGCCGAGCGACCCGUGGGUCUUCCUCCACCCUGAAGCCAUCGCCUCCCUCCUUCACUGGUACCGUUGCUACAUCAGUCACGGAGAGCAUUCCUGGGUCGCCGCCACCACAGCAGCAACAGCAGCUACUGCUACAUCCACAACGACCCCCCCCACAGCUGGCCUCACCACUGCCCGCGACGCCGGCGACGCCGGGCGCAGCGGCGACGGCGGCCGCAACCCCGCGGUCCGCCACGGACGUUACGGCCGCGGCGGACGUGGAGGCGGGAACGGGAGCGGAAACGGCGGCGGCGGUGGAGGGCCCGCAUCGGCAAAGCGGUGCCAAGAGCCGGAGGUCCAAAACCGACAGCAGCAGCGAAGACGACGGCGGCGGCGGCGGCGGCAGCAGCGGCAGCAGCGCCCCGGAGUCCCAGUCCAACAUUGGCGCUGAGACGCAAGAACCUGCCCGCCGUACAUCUGCGCGCCUACGUAAGCGCGCUGCCGACGUCGCCGCUGCCGCUGUUGCUGCCGCCGCGCCUUCAAACGUACCUUCCGCGAUGCCACCUCCGCCACCUCCGCCACCCAAGUCCAGCAACAAUGCGAAACGGACCCCUCGCGCCCCGGCUGGCGCUCCGUCCGCAAACGUCGGCGGCGGCGCCGCCUCCGAGCCGAAGCCGCCGUCAAAACGCCGGAAACGGCUGCCGGCUGGCGGCGGCGGUGACGCCGCCGCCGCCACCACUGCUGGUGUGCGCGGAGCCAGUAGCAGCAGCGGCGGCGACGACGACGACGGUGCGGUUGCAGCGGCCUCUAACGAUACAGACGGCAAUGCCGACAAGCACGUGGCGGCUGGCGAUGGCGAUGGCGAUGGCGAGAAGGACCCGCAAGCGGCGGCGGUUGAACCCGCGGACAUGGCGGCGGGACGUGAAGCGGGUGAAGCGGACACGGAGACUGAGGAAGCGGGGGAGAUGGAGGAGGUGGACGGCGAGGCCAAGGUGAAAAGGCGGGGCAAGGGCAAGAAGAAGGUGGAACCCGCGGGGGCCAAGCCGCCGCGGCGCACCAAGGCGGUGGUGCAGCAGGAGGUCAGGGAGGCCGCCAACCAGGGGAGGUUUGCGAGCCAUGUCACGUUGCACGGGGUGUACCCGCACUCCCGGUCGUACGGUCCCGGAGCGGUGGCGCUCUCGCUGGCGGCACUGGCGACAGCGGAGGAGGGGAAUGCCCACCUGGCGGCGGCGGCAGCGGCGGCGGCGGGUGUGCGUGGGAAUGCGCUGGCGGCGGCGGAAGACUCGGCGGUGGCGCCAGCGGCCGCUGCGCAAGGUAUGAGCAUCGCUGUCGGAGGCGACGGCAGCGGCGGUAACUGCGACAGUAACGGGAGCAGCGGCGGCGGCGGCGGUGAUGGCGGUAGCAGCAGCGAGGGCACGGAGCGCGACGGCGGCGGAGCAGCGGCGGGGCCGCGCUCCGGCCGCACGCGUCGUGAAGGCGGCGGCGGCGGCCGUCAAGGUCGCGGAGGCCGGUGUCGAAGCCGUACUCGGGCUAAAGCGGCGGCCGGGGGGGCUCAGGAGCACGGAGCGGAAAGGGAAGACGAGGCGGCGGCGGCGACGGCUCCACCACAGCCCGCUGUCGUACACCCGGUGCCCGCUGUCGUACCCAACUUGGGAUACGCCUGCCUUUGCAUGACACUGCGAGAGUACGACAUUUUCGCCAGCAGGGACACCAACCGUGCGGGUUUCCAGUCCCGGGGGUUGCCCCACGUGAGCCAACUCGCGCUCGCCAACUGCCGGGACCUGCGACCGCUGAUCGAGUGGAACGAGGCGCACGGAAUACGGCUGUUCAGACUGUCGUCGGGCAUCCUGCCCUGGAUGAGCUUCUACCGUCUGGAGCAGCUGCCUGACGCGGCGGAGAUCAAACAGGCACUCGCAGACGCGGGGGCUGCCGCCCGGCGUUACGGCCACCGCCUCACCUUCCACCCCUCCGAGUUCACCAAGAUUGCCAGUGACAAGCCUGAGGUGGUCGAGACCAGCGUCAAGGAGCUUGAGGUGCACAGCCUCAUCCUGGAUACCAUGGGUUUCCUCCCCGCUACUCCCUUCAACAAGAUCAACAUCCACGUUGGCGGAGUGUACGGCGACAAGAUCGCAUCCAUGGACAGGUUUGCAAAGGUGGUUCUGGAGCGGCUGAGUCCCAACUGUCGGUCUCGGUUGACGGUUGAGAACGACGACCGGCCGUCCAUGUACUCUGUACGGGAUCUGAUGUACCUCGCGAAUAAGGCCCACAUCCCCAUCGUCUUCGAUUUCCACCAUCACCGCUUCUGCACAGGCGGGCGCGGGAGGGGGGGGCCACGCAGCGCUCUCUUAGCCUCUUGGGUUCACCGAGCAGUAGCGACCCUCCUGUGUGGCGGCGGCCUCAGCGAGGAGGAGGCGUUCCGUCUGGCGAUCAGCACAUGGCCCCCAGGUGUACGACCUGUCGUACACUGGAGUGAGAGUCAAGAGGGGCGCCGCCCUCACGCACACAGCGAUUACGUGUCCGGCCCCAUCAACUUGUACGGCAUGGAGAACGAGGUGGAUGUGAUGAUAGAGAGCAAGGCUAAGGAGGUGGCGCUGCUGCACUACCGGGAGGCGGCUCUGGGGGGCCGGCCGGCUGUACGACCGGAGCUUGGGGGCGGAAGGGGCCCGGAGGGGCCGGAGGGGGGAGAUGACGACUAG